AUGGAAAAUGGAAGAAAUACAGGCCAGAAAUUACUGACUGAAAAACCCAUGAUCCUGCUGUAUAGGGAUGGUCUCGGAGUUGUCAGAUCACUGUUUGGAAAUCCCAUCUUUGCUAAACACAUGAUGAUGGACCCAAAGCAAGUAGUGAACAAAGAUGGCGAACAGGAGUACAGCGAGUGGAUGACCGGUGACUAUGCAUGGGCUAUACAGGAUCAACUUCCUAUCAGUUCUACUAUUGUCGGAGUUGUUGGUGCAUCAGACAAGACAACAGUUACUCGGGGAACAGGUGGUAUUGACAUGCAUCCUACCUUUUUCACACUCACAAACAUCUCAUUGGACAUGACAGGACGUGAACAUCGUGAAAUCCAGAGGACAAUUGUUGCAAUGUCGGCUGGUGCUGUUACCCCCUCUUUUUUGCGAGCUGACAUGGUCACUUCUCUGUCCGAAUUUCACCAAAAUAAGCAAGCUAUCUUGGAUGCGGAAGCUCGCCGUGGUACGUCUACGACCAUCAACCAUUUCAACAUUCCAAAACUUGAAUUAUUGCAACAUUUUGCUCGAGCUAUUCGGAGCAUGGGGGCUGUCAUGCAGUUCAUGGCUGAUGUCACUGAACAUCUUUUAAUUACUCAUUGCAAACACCCCUUCAGUGGUACUAAUGGUCGUCGCCAUUUUGAAUUACAGUGCGUACGUAUUCUCGACCGUCUGGAAAAGGCGCGGAUGUUUCAUCUAUACUCAAUCCUACGAGACCGCAAAAUCUCCCUAAUCAAUCAUCUUGUUGUUGAAGAAAGCUCAAUGCUUGCUGAACUUGACCCUGAAUCGAGCUGGCUAUCUCGCGCUUUGCCCGAAGAAAACCAUAUCUCCAGCAUCCGGCCCCUCCACAACCAUUUUUUGAAAGGGAUCCAGUCUAUUGAUGCCAGGUCAGUGCUCCACCUCACAAAGCAGCCAGGUAUAAAGUCUAUCUCGAUCAAUGAUGCCGCAGAACUGUUUGCUUUAGAAGACUUACCAGCAGCCAUAGCCGACUAUGCACAAGGCUUAUCGGAUGCACAGCAUCUACACUCGACAUUUUGGUCACAUAUCAUCAUGCCGCCGCAAACUAUUCAAGCAUAUCUGCCCUUGCCCGAUAUGCCACUCGGAAACUGCGAUGCUGUGAUGCUGGGUAAUCAGGAUGGGCAUGGUUUGCAGUCUACUUCUGUGGUGCAAACACGUAUCAUAUUUCAGGCCAUAGCGCCGCGAAACACUGUCCUCGACCAAUGUCUAUCAACUGUGCUUAUUUAUGCACAAAACUUUGGUUAUACAGGAGCGAGAAGAGAUGGCCAAGGGAACAUUUUGGUAGAAGAAGAUGUUGAUAUGUACAUGGUCGAACGACUCUUCCGCAACUUGACAACCAGAGAAAGGAUCCGGGCAGGCAAUGUGUAUCCUCUCAACUCGAUACACUUGCCUGUCAAUCUUAUACCCGUCUUUGGUGCAGUUAUGAACCGUGACAUCAAUUCCAGCAACUCUAUGGAGGUUCCAACAACUUUCUAUGUCAAUAAUUUCUCGGACAAAGAGACCUAUAAUAUGUUUCUGACCGAGUUUGCAGAUUGA